CACCUACCAACGUGCUAACUCACCUAACGUUGUCUUAGUGGACGGGAAUAAUUAACUUCGUCAACUUUCUCUAACAUCAUUCAUUCACCUCGGGAUUUGAUAUUACCAUAUUACCUCUUCUCCGCGGCCAACAACCCAAAUCCCCCAUCCAUCAUGCCACAAGACCCGAACCUUUACGAGCAACGACCCGCCAAGCGCCAAAAGAAAGAGAUCCCGCUCUCUAGCUCCCUCGAUUUCGCCUCGCAACUCACAUCCCUCCUCUCCUCCGCGGGCUCUGGACAACACCAAUCCCCAACCACAUCCACAUCCACCCCCUCGGUAUCUUCGGGCCGCGCCCGCCCAUCCAAGACAAAAGACGACAUCUUCUCCAUCAAAGCGAAGCGGAAAGCUAGUACCAACCAAAAUGCCAAAGAUGAUGGAGAGGAUGGUAGGGGCGGCGCAAAGCUCACCCUCAAAGACCCGCAAGGCACCGAAGAUGAAAAACGCGACCUAGCCCGCGCGCGUCGGCGAAUGGAAGAAAAAGCGCGUCUCUACGCAGCCAUGAAACGCGGUGACUACGUGCCCAAAGAAGGAGAAACAGCGCCCCUCGUCGACUUCGACCGGAAAUGGGCCGAGCGCCAUCCCGAUUCAAACGCAGACCACUACUCCUCUUCCGGCACCGACAACUCCGAUUCCGAAGAAGAAGGCGAGGAAGAAAUGGUAGAUUUCAAAGACGAAUUCGGCCGCACGCGUCACAUCCCGCGCUCCGAAGCCACGCGUUUGGAACGGCGUAGCAAGCGCAGUGCUCUCGGUGCUUUGGAAUUAGAAUCCAUGGCCGCGAAACCGACGCGUGCUCCCGAGCGCGUUAUCUACGGCGACGUCAUACAAUCCGCGGCUUUCGAUCCUGGGGAUAAUACACUGGAUCGCAUGGCUGAUCUAGCGGCGAAACGGGAUAAAUCCCCUACGCCACCGCCUGAUACGCAUUUUGAUGGGAAUGCGGAGAUACGGACUAAGGGGGUGGGAUUUUAUCAGUUUAGUAGGGAGGAGGGGGUGAGAAAGGAGGAGAUGCAGGCGCUGGAGAAGGAGAGGGAUAAUACGGAAAAGGUGAGGAGGGAGAGGGAUGGGGCGCGUGAGGCUAGACGGAGGGAGAUUGAGGAGAGGAGGGCGAAGAUUGGGGCUAAGCGUGCUGAGAAGUUGGCGGAGAAUUUCUUGGAUGGACUUGCUGGCGAGUUUGGUGUGAAUGUUGGUGGUGAAGAGAGAGAGGCCAAGGAAGACAAGGAGAAAGGAAAGGAAAGUCAUUCAUGAUGGACUCGACAUUUUGGCAGGUUAGAAGAGAGGUCUUACCAGGCUCUAAUUCAAAUUGAAGAUACCCCAAUUCCACUAUAUUUGGAAUAACAGACCCAAAGUAAUACAUAUUCAACCUACUAAGUUCAAAGAUGCAACGAGGGCCCUCACAUAGUCUAGUCCCGAUUACCGUACUAUUAUUUGAAUUACUCAAUAUAUUUCUUAUAGG